GCAGGAACGACAUUUACGUGGAUGAGAUCACUUCUACAUGGGGGGGAACAAAUAGUUGUACAACUCUCUGCUCGCUCUUUUGUUUUGAAAACAAUGAAAGAUAUAUAAGACAUCAAAAUAAUCAUUUAGGAAAAUUCCUCCGAGGCAAAUCGGGUGUAUAGAGCUUGUAGCUUCCGUGACGAAGUCUUUCAAACCAUGAGCUUGCAACCUCCCAUUUUAUGAUUGCUUUCGUCUUCUUCCGCUUCAGCCAAUAGCGGAGCUGUUCCCUGCUCCCCGCCCACUUCGCCCCACCUUCCUGAAGGUCGAGGAACGCUUUCCCAACAUGCUCUGCAGAGAAAUCAAAGAUGGCGGGUGUAUCCGCUGUUCGCUGGUUGGGGCUCCGCAGCAGGCUUGGCCAGCCGCUGACGGGUCGGCGGGCGGGUCUGUGUAAACAGGCACGCAGCUGCAGAUUUUAUUCUGGUAGUGCAACCCUCUCAAAGGUUGAAGGAACUGAUAUAACAGGGAUUGAAGAAGUAGUAAUUCCAAAAAAGAAAACUUGGGAUAAAGUAGCCGUUCUUCAGGCACUUGCGUCCACAGUAAACAGGGAUACCACAAGUGUGCCUUAUGUGUUUCAAGAUGAUCCUUACCUUAUACCAGCAUCCUCUUUGGAAUCUCGUUUAUUUUUACUGGCAAAGAAAUCCGGGGAGAAUGUGGCCAAGUUUAUUAUUAAUUCAUACCCCAAAUAUUUUCAGAAGGACAUAGCUGAACCUCAUAUACCGUGUUUAAUGCCUGAGUACUUUGAACCUCAGAUCAAAGACAUAAGUGAAGCCGCCCUGAAGGAACGAAUCGAGCUCAGAAAAGUCAAAGCCUCUGUGGACAUGUUUGAUCAGCUUUUGCAAGCAGGAACCACUGUGUCUCUUGAAACAACAAAUAGUCUUUUGGAUUUAUUGUGUUACUUUGGUGACCAGGAGCCCUCAACUGAUUAUCAUUUUCAACAAACUGAACAGUCAGAAGCAUUGGAAGUGGAAAAUGAUGAGACAUCUAGGAGGAAAGCUGGUCAUCAGUUUGGAGUUACAUGGCAAGCAAAAAACAACGCUGAGAGAAUCUUUUCUCUAAUGCCAGAGAAAAAUGCACAUUCCUAUUGCACAAUGAUCCGAGGAAUGGUGAAGCACCGAGCUUAUGAGCAGGCGUUAAACUUGUACACUGAGUUACUAAACAACAGACUCCAUGCUGAUGUAUACACAUUUAAUGCACUGACUGAAGCAACAGUAUGCGUGAUAAAUGAGAAAUUUGAGGAAAAAUGGAGUAAAAUACAGGAGCUGCUAAGACACAUGGUUGCUCAGAAGGUGAAACCAAAUCUGCAGACUUUUAAUACCAUUCUGAAAUGUCUCCGAAGAUUUCAUGUGUUUGCAAGAUCUCCAGCCUUACAGAUUUUACGUGAAAUGAAAGCCAUUGGAAUAGAUAAGUUUUUUCAGUCAGCCAUGAGCAUAUGCUCAUCUCUCAGAGAUCUAGAACUUGCCUACCAAGUACAUGGCCUUUUAAAUACCGGAGACAACUGGAAAUUCAUUGGACCUGAUCAUCAUCGUAAUUUCUAUUAUUCCAAGUUCUUCGAUUUGAUUUGUCUAAUGGAACAAAUUGAUGUUACCUUGAAGUGGUAUGAGGACCUGAUACCUUCAGUCUACUUUCCCCACUCCCAAACAUUGAUACAUCUUCUCCAAGCAUUGGAUGUGGCCAAUCGGCUAGAAAUGAUUCCUAAAAUUUGGAAAGAUAGUAAAGAAUAUGGUCAUACUUUCCGCAGCGACCUGAGAGAAGAGAUCCUGAAGCUCAUGGCAAGGGACAAGCACCCUCCAGAGCUUCAGGUGGCAUUUGCUGACUGUGCUGCUGAUAUCAAAUCUGCGUAUGAAAGCCAACACAUCAGACAGACUGCUCAGGAUUGGCCAGCCACCUCUCUCAACUGUAUAGCUAUCCUCUUUUUAAGGGCUGGGAGAACUCAGGAAGCCUGGAACAUGUUGGAGCUUUUCAGGAAGCAUAAUAAGAUUCCUAGAAGUGAGUUGCUGAAUGAGCUUAUGGACAGUGCAAAAGUGUCUAACAGCCCUUCCCAGGCCAUUGAAGUAGUAGAGCUGGCAAGUGCCUUCAGCUUACCUAUUUGUGAGGGCCUCACCCAGAGAGUAAUGAGUGAUUUUGCAAUCAACCAGGAACAAAAGGAAGCCCUAGGUAAUCUAACUGCAUUGACCAGUGACAGUGAUACUGACAGCAGCAGUGACAGUGACAGUGACACCAGUGAAGGCAAAUGAAAGUGGAGAUUCAGGAGCAGCAACAGCCUCACCGUAGCUGCUGGAAUCACACCUGAGAACUGAGAUAUACCAAUAUUUAACAUUGUUACAAAGAAGAAAAGAUACAGAUUUGGUGUAUUUCUUACUGUGAGGUACAGUCAGUACACAGCUGACUUAUGUAGAUUUAAGCUGCUAAUUUGCUACUUAAUAACCAUCUAUUAAUGCACCAUUAAAGGCUUAGCAUUUAACUAGCAACAUUGCGGUUUUCAGAUACAUGGUGAGGUCCAUGGCUCUUGUCAUCAGGAUAAGCCUGCACACCUACAGUGUCGGUGAGCUGACCUCACGAUGCUGUCCUCGUGCGAUUGCCCUCUCCUGCUGCUGGACUUCUGCCUUUGUUGGCCUGAUGUGCUGCUGUGACGCUGGUCCUUCAUCUUAGAAAGGUGUUCAUGCAGUUCUAUCACAGCUGGGGUUGGGUCAAUAGUUUCCCAGUUUCAGGAUAUUUCGAUGUCAGAAAUAAUGCAUCUUAGGAAUGACUAAGCAAGAUAAUGGCAGUUUAGGCUGCACAAAUGGUAAAAUGACUGUAAAUAAAUGUUGUAAUUAGUGUA